AUGUCUCGUCCCGAAGAUAUCCUCCCGCCCGACCUGUUCUACAACGACAAUGAAUCCCGCAAGUACACCACCUCUUCGCGCAUUCGCAACAUCCAGGCCGACAUGACCAAUCGGGCUCUGGAGCUGUUGGACCUAAAGUCUCCGUCUCUGAUUCUCGACGUCGGCUGCGGCUCUGGUCUAUCCGGCGAGAUUCUCUCCGAAGUAACAGAGGAAGAAGGCGGCCCGCACACGUGGGUGGGCAUGGACAUCUCGCCCAGCAUGCUAGACGUGGCCCUGCAGCGCGAGGUGGAGGGCGACCUAUUCCUCGCAGACAUCGGGCAAGGCGUACCUUUCCGGCCCGGCGCCUUCGACGCCGCGAUCAGCAUCAGCGCCAUCCAGUGGUUGUGCAAUGCGGAAACGAGCGACGUCACUCCCGAGGGUCGGCUGAAGCGGUUCUUCGAGGGCCUCUACGCUAGUCUUCGUCGCGGCGGCCGCGCAGUGUGCCAGUUCUAUCCGAAGAAUGAUGCCCAGCGGAGCAUGAUCAGUGGCGCGGCGAUCAAGGCUGGCUUUGGGGCCGGUAUUCUCGAGGACGACCCCGGCACGAAGAAUAGCAAGCUAUACUUGGUUCUGACAGUCGGUGGCGGGGGUCUGCAUGGUGAUAUUACCGGCGUGGUCGAUGGCAUGGAUGGUGUCGAUGUCUUGGAUGCGAGGAGGAAGGCUAUGGAGCUGAGCAAUGCUCGAGCUCGGUCACCGCGCAAGGGCGAUAAGAAUUGGAUCCUCAAUAAGAAGGAGCAGAUGGCCAAGAAGGGCAAGGUGGUGAAGCACAAUUCAAAGUAUACGGGCCGCAAACGACGUACGGCCUUCUGA